CCCAUUUGAGCGACACGCGCUGUUGCAUAUCUUCAUUAGUACUCUAGAGUAGGCUGCUUCAUCUUACUCGACCCAGGGUCGGUUUUGUACGUCGCGAGCGCGCACGUAAAAUGACCAGACACGCACCCUGUGAAGGGUGGAUAGCCAGGAUGUUUUUCUUUCUUGCCAGCGCGGUGGCGAUCAUGGUGAUGACGAUGGUGGUGAUGGUGAAAAAACACAGCACAGGGUGUGACUACAUGCCAUGCCAUGCCACGCAUACACCCUUUCCUCCCUCCCUCCAUCUUCAUUUUCUCCCUCUCUCCACGGUCGGCCCCGCGGACUUAAGGAAAUGCAAUCCAACGAACUCGAUAUCUAUAAUUCGAAGCCAAGUUUGUCAUUCCAAAGACCCGCCUCCUAAGCGCGCGUCUGGACCCAUCCUGCACGAGAGUCGCCUUUGAACAUACAGUUAGGCUUCAUGCCAGACCGGGUAGACAACCCACCAAUCGUUGUUGUGACAAGAGAUGAGAUGAACUCCCAUAAGGAACUCCAAUGAUGGGAUUAACCUGAGGAACCACUGCUAGCACCAACAACCACUUCACUUGACGAUGUGAAGGUAGAUGGAUGAUUGCAAGAGUGGGAGAAAU